GACAAUCAAACCACGUGAAUCUGCUAGAAAACAUGAAGAUAAAUGAUAACACUUUACUGGAGGGACAAAACGUCCUGCUGGUUCCUUACAACAGCGAGCACGUCCCCAGGUACCACGAGUGGAUGAAGUCUCCAGAGCUGCAGCAGCUGACAGCGUCAGAGCCGCUGACCCUGGAACAGGAGUACGACAUGCAGAGGAGCUGGAGGGAAGACGACGACAAGUGCACGUUCAUCAUUUUGGAUAAGCAGCGGUGGGCAGACCCCAGUGUUGCCGAGGAGCAGUGCAUGAUGGGAGAUGUGAACAUCUUCCUGACCGACCCCACAGAGCCAUCCCUGGCCGAGCUGGAGGUCAUGAUAGCAGAGCCACGUUACAGAGGCAAGGGCAUCGGGAAGGAGGUGACGCGGAUGAUGAUGUCCUACGGACUCCAGAAACUCGGGAUCAAAAAGUUUCAAGCAAAGAUCGGUCUGGACAACCAGGUCAGCGUCUCCAUGUUCAAGAAGCUUCACUUCGAGGAGGUGUCGGUGUGCAGCGUGUUCAGGGAGGUCACCCUGGAGCUGACGGUGAACGAGUCCAUCCGGCUGAAGCUGCAGGAGCACGUGGCCCACGUGAACGAGGGAGACUACAGAGAGACCUGCAGCCGCAGACAGGAGCUGUUGUCACAGAGAGGUGCCGCUCCGAGCCGCCCGACCACAUCUACAGACUCGCCGCAGUGAAGCUGGUCAGUCCGUCCUCGGGAUUUUCCUAUUUUUGAAAGCUUAAAGCUUCACCACAUGGACUAGUGGACAGUUCACUAACGGUUUAGUGAAAGAAUGAGACUCAGAUUCAAGCGGCUGAAGUGAGUUUCCUCCGUGGUUGUAGCUGGACUCCUCCUCAGGCACGGUGUGAACAGUUCAGGCAUCCGGGAGACACUUACUGCUCCUCCACGUCAGAAGGAGCCGGAUGAGGCGGACGCCUCCCCCGGGACGUGUUUCAAGCAUCAGGACGCCCCGGG